GAGACUUGGCGAGGUAACUGCGCGCGCUUUUAGUCCUCUUUGAUAUUAAAUAUAUACUGCUAAUACUCCACUCAUUGUGCUUCUUGCAACACCUGCAAACAUUUUGAAGGAUUCUCUUUUGAUCGGUCCACUAAAUGUAUCGAAGCAAAAGUAGCAUCAACCGAAACGCAACCUUGAUGUCCUACAGAUGGCGCUACAAGGCUUGUGAAAGCCUUAUUUCUUCGCGGAAAAUUGGCGGGAUAACUGCGCGUGCUUUCUUCUCUUUGAUACGAUAUAUAAAGCUGAUAAUUCACUCAUCAUCGUGUUAAUUGCAACGUCUGCGAAAGCGUUUUGAAGGAAUAAUAUCUGAUGGGUUUGCCUGCCGAGGAAGUAUCUCGUGCAUCCCUUGGCGAACUAAUCACUAGGAUAAUGGAGAAAUUUAUAUUCGUGCGGCGUGACCCUCGACGACGGCGAAAUGUCAAGUUGUCACUGUCGCGAUACUUCCGCGACUCCAUCCACGGUCAAGUUUCUUAAUUAAGAAAUCGUCCAUCUCGAAUGUCUUCGUCAACUGCGUUCGCAGACUUAUCAUUACAUUAAUGAGACAUAUGACUGCCGACAGAGAGAAAUACACUACGAUGGACAACUUUGAUCCGUUGACAUUCCAAUAUCUCGCAAUCGACAUUAUCUACGUGUGCGGGACACUAUAUCUACCAUGGCAAAAAAGCGGAGGUGACGAAGUGCGCAGAGAAAAGACAUUACGCGGACCUCCUUCCUAUUAUUCACGCGUGUCCGAGAAAUCAAUAAUCCAACUCGCCGAUACGGGCGAGAAAAUCGUCGCCGGAUGUUUUUCCACGGGCGCGUCGGAAGCAAAAUCGAGGACCAGCGUCGGGGCGGGAAGAUGACGCAAAAUUCGGGAGUGCUGUUAAAAUUAUCGCGCGUACAAGUGCGGGAGUGCCGUUGAAAGUAUCGCGCGUUUAAGUGCGGGAGUGCCGUUAAAAGUAUCGCGCGUGUUAAUCAACCGACAAUCUGAGAGGAUGAGAAGGCCUAGGAGAGGCAUCGGGCACAACCAGAGCAACCCUAAGACAACGUAGCUUGAACAUAUCGACUACUUCGCUGUUGUACAUCAGUGUCGAUCUCGAGGAAAGUCAUCAUGCGACCUAUCUUUCUUUAUAUCUUUGGAGUCAGGAGUUUCGAAACUGAUUGCGCUCAUCUUGCAGAAAUCGAGAGACAGUUCUCCAUCAUCGUAUUGAGCCAUGCUAUUCUCGAGUUUGUUCAAGUGGUGAUGAAGAAUCAAUGGAUAGACGAAUUUCCGAUGAUAUCCCAACUUGCGAGCGCAUUGCAUAAUUAAUUCGUUAAAGUGCAUUAGUUAUCCACAAUACCUAGUCAGGAGCAAGUACAAAGGAUAAGGAGGAGAGAGAGGUGUAAACGAGGAUAAUUGUGUCUCACCUAACGUCAUCCUGCUUUUGUAGAGGGCCACCCUACGUAUAAAAUUGGUUGGAAUCGAUCUUAAGAGCUCUGCCCGAGUGCCGGAGGGAUGCUCGGAAACGGGGAACGACUUGACCUUGGCUGGAUUCACGCGUAGCUGAGCUAACGCAAAAUCGAAACGCGUUACUUCCACCGCGUGGAUCUCCUAAAGCCGGGUUCACAUCGUGACCUGCAGCGGCGACUCUCUCCGGAUUAUGGGACGCCCGUGAACGCGAAUGCGCGCGCAAAUCCACAUCCGGAAGUAUGCGGAGUUAUCCAAUUUUCGUCCUGUACAACCUUAUCGCUUGUAUCUCUCGUCACGAGAUGUGUUCCGUGUGAAACGAGCUUGCGGACUCGUCGUUGACGCACAAGGUGAACGGAAGUGUUCAAAGGCCCGAAGAUUCUGCCUUCGCAGCAGCUGGGCGCUGCGGUCGCUCCAUGGCCGGGCGCCACCGGCCUCAUAGCCUCCGUCACUGCUGACGACAUGGCACACAAAGGACACAGCGGGGUUAACCAGCUGGGUGGUGUCUUCGUCGGCGGCCGGCCACUUCCGGACUCGACGCGGCAAAAGAUCGUCGAGCUCGCACAUUCGGGUGCGCGACCAUGCGACAUCUCCAGGAUACUGCAGGUCAGCAACGGCUGCGUCUCGAAGAUCCUCGGCAGUAGGUACUAUGAGACCGGAUCUAUAAGGCCCAGGGCAAUCGGGGGCAGUAAACCGCGUGUGGCAACGGCGGAAGUCGUCAACAAGAUCUCGCUCUACAAAAGCGAGUGCCCGUCGAUCUUUGCGUGGGAGAUUCGAGAUCGCUUGCUGCAGGAAGGCGUGUGCACGAACGACAACAUCCCGAGUGUGUCCUCGAUCAACAGGGUACUGAGAAAUCUAGCCGCGCAGAAGGAGCAGAGGCAGCAGCAACAGCAACAGCAAGGGGUGGGCGCUGUGGGGGUUGGCGUCGGUGCCGGCAGUCCGGCGGAGAGUGUUUACGAUAAACUCAGGCUAUUAAACGGACAGACCACCGGCUGGCCACGUCCCAAUCCCUGGUAUCCAUCGAGUGCGGGAAGCCCUUUUUCCUCGAUACAAUCUAGUUUGAGUCCGAGCCAUUGUUCAUCUCUGCCACCAGAUCCAGCGGACAUAUUGCACGCGAAGAAAGUAACCGAGCUCGAGGGUGGCGCGCAUUCGGACGAAACGAACAGCGGAGGUGACAACAGCAACGCCGGCAGCGUGUCGGGUGGUGCUGAUGACGAUCAGGCACGUCUUCGUCUAAAGAGGAAGCUGCAGAGGAAUCGCACGAGCUUCAGUAACGAGCAAAUCGACGCGCUCGAGAAGGAAUUCGAGAGAACGCACUAUCCGGAUGUGUUCGCCAGGGAGAGACUCGCCGGCAAGAUCGGCCUACCGGAAGCGCGAAUACAGGUCUGGUUUUCGAAUCGGCGGGCCAAGUGGCGGCGCGAGGAGAAAUUACGCACGCAACGGAGGGAUAAUCCGCCACCGCAGCAACAGCAGCAGCAGCAACAGCAGCAGCAACAACAACACACUGCCGGCGUUAGUCUGGUGGGUGCUGGUCACCCGACACCGCCGCCACCCUCGGGGAUACUCGGCGGCCAGCCACCACCGCAGGCGCCACCCUCACCUCCCAGGAUACACCACGGAUUUGCGCCCACCGCCGUAUAUCCCGGAAUACCCAGCAUGCCUGACUCAUACAGCCCAAUGACAUCGAUGCCGAGCUUCACCAUGUCGGGCGCCAGUCAGCAGAACCAGCACACGACGAGCAGCAUGUCCUCGCUGUCCACCGGGGGUGGGAUGAGUCCGAUGGGCAUGACCGUGGGUAUGACGGUCGGACCGAGUCCUGGUGCGUGCCUCCAGCAACGGGACAACGGCUACUCGUGCGGGGUCGCGAGACCGCCGAGCUACGAGCCCCUUCAUCUGGGCUACGGCGCCAGGCCCACUUGCAGCCCCACGCAGCCCUAUCAUGCGGCGGGUCUCAAUCAGUACAAUCAGAACGCCAGCUCGACCGGUCUAAUAUCGCCUGGCGUGAGUGUGCCGAUCGCGGUACCAGGUCAACCGGCACCCGAUAUGGCGGCGCAAUAUUGGUCACCGAGGCUACAGUGACCGUGGUGGUCGUCGACGUCGACCUCGUCUCCGUAGACUUGAGCUUCUUCGUCUAUCUAGUUUACGUUAUCGUAAAAAAAAAAGAAAGAACGACACGCACGGUUACGCGUGAUCGUAGUGCGAAGUCUCCGCACGUUAUGAUGUUGAUUGUUUGUGCGUGCGACUCUGUCUCGUAGCAAAAAGAAAUCGAAGCGAGCUGAUCAUCACACCCGUGCGUUUCGUUUAAGCCAAAGCUCUGCGUGGAAACGAGUUUGAUUUGUCCGUGUUCGCGUCCACUGUUUCCGUUUUCUGUAAGGCAAGUACGCAAAGUCAUGAACAUUAUUUCACACACAGAAACUCUUCUUGAAGAAACAACAUUGUCUGUGAAUUCGCUGAUAUUUACUUGUAUGAGAAAAUCAUUCAAGACGAAAAGAAUCCGCUCUAUACUAUCGGUGAAGAUGAAAAACUAAAUUUAUAACUAAAUGAUUCUGAUCAAAUCUCUGUUUGUGUAUUGAUGAUAAAUCGAUGUAGUAAUUAUAUGUAUAAUUGCAAAACAAAUAUGUGACCGAAUUGGAUUACAAUAAGCGGAUUAAUCAAUUUCUGUGUAUGGUGAUAUGAAUCUUAUUCAGCGUUAAAAUUAAAUUCCUAAUAUCCUGUAACAAAAAUUAAUAUUUACACUUACGAUUAACAUCUUCCCGAUCGAGUCCCUUUAUUUAUUUAUAGACAAAUGCUGCUUUCUCGCAAUUUUCACUAACAAUGUUGGUAUAACAUAAACAUACGCAAAGAGAUAUUUCUCUAUUUUAUUUCGAAACGCUUCAUUAAAAAUCCAAUAACUCAUAAGAACACACAAUCUUUGUAAGAUAUGUCAUGUCAAUCAACUCGUGGUAAUUUUUUUAUUAUAAUGUAUCAAUAUCAAUGAUCGGCAAGAUGUAUAUGAAGAAAAUCUUUUAAAAUAUCACACAUCCACGUAUGCACAAUUUUAUAAUUACACAGCUUCAUUUUAUUCGUAUACAAUUAUACUUCCAAUAUCUUUGAAAUAGAAUCGGGCAAGGUGAGACGCGGUGAAAAAAAAUAUGAAUCAUCGGCAAUGUGCAACUCGUGUAAAAAUAAUUAGCGUGAAAAUCGGAGAGGGGAAAAAGAGAGAAAAAUCGCUCUCGAGAAUUCUCGCAGUUUUUAUUCGCAACGUUUCGUAGAUGUAAUUCUUGUAGGCGAGAGAAAGGGAAAUAAAAAUAGUUUCUAAGUCGGUAUUACGUUAUUAUUUAUACUCGUGUAAAACAGAGCGGAGAGAAUCAGGAGAUAAUAAACGUGAGUUUGUUGUGUGUACAUCGUAAGAAUAUCUCGACCCAGUCAUUUAUAUAUAAAUAUAUACAUAGUUGACUCUAUAAUUCUCUAAAUACACUUGAUAAAAUCAAUUCGUAAUUUAUAUUCGGUGCAAGGUUCGAGAGAGAAGGAGAGAGAGAGAGAGAGAGAGAGAGAGAGAGAGUGAGAGAAAAAGAAAAAGAGAAAAAAAGAAGAACCGAAAAUGCCGAUUGUGAUUUCCCUUAGGCCAGAUAUGUUAAGCGUACGAUUAUGCAUUCUAAAUAAAUAGUAUGUACAUUUAAUCGAGAAUUCUCUCAAUGCUUGUUUUCUAAUCGGAGAAUUCGUUUGCGAGAUCCUAUACAUUCGUUCUUGCUGUAUCAAAUAUUUAAUUGCAGAGAGUAAAUCAUGUAUCUAAUAUUGGAUAUCGACUGUAAAUCAAGAUAAAUAACGAUCGUGCGAUUUCCUAUUAGAAAUCAAGCGCAACUCCUUCCCGAACGUGUUCAUCUCGAUCCGAUAAUUCAUAUGUAUCUCGAUGCCGUUUCGUUAAUCCUCUUAGCAUAAUCGAUAAUCGCAAAGAUAUCAACGAUCCCUCCUAUAUUAUCGUCCAAAUCGAAACAAUUGAACCAAUUAUAAGAAAUAAAGGAAAGCGGAAUGUGUGCAAGCAGAAAGAGAUCAUCGUUUUACCUUGCAAAUGUAACAAUUGUAUAUUUAUUUCGACUUAAUAAUUAAUUUACAAUUCGAAGA